GCCUCUCACCGGCGACGUAUUCCCUGUUCCCAAUCGGCCCUCUUCCUAUCAAAAAAAAAAAAAAUAAAAAUAAAAAUAAAAAAUAAAACAUAGGGCUAGGGUUUCCUGUCAAAACCCUCAAUUUCACUCAAAAUCUACGGUUAGGGUUUCCGAUGGACGACGUUGAAGACGACGCUCGAUAUGCACACAAUCGCCAUCACCCAACUCACCCCCAAUUCCCCCGAAACUUCACUGAUCAAGAGGACGACGACGAUUACGAAUCGAAUUCAGACGGGAUCAAGAGCGACAACGAAGGUGAAGGAGCGAACGGCGUCGACGACGACGACGACGACUCGUCCAUGGAGAGCCGAGGGAAGCGUCGAAAGCUCGAUAACUUCGAAUUCGUCCCUCGAAAGCCGCCGCCUUUGUCGGUUGUCGCCAAUUUGAAGAGCUCUGGGGUCAAGAAUUCGCCUCCGGAUUGGUCGGAAGAUUCGACCUUUGUUCUUCUUGAUGCCUGGGGCGAUCCUUUUGUAAAGAAUGGAGGGAAAUCACUUCGAUGUGAUGAGUGGAUCGAGGUCGCGAAGAAAGUUAACCAGGAUUCGAGGAUCACUAGAUCGGAUUCGCAGUGUCGAAAUCGGUUGGACACUUUGAAGAAGAAGUAUAAGAAGGAGAAAGCUAGAAUGGCGGAGAUUCCAAAUUUUAAGAGUGACUGGAUUUACUUCAAAAAGAUGGAUUCUUUGAUGUCAUCUCCAUCUCCGGCGCCAGCUCAAGUGACAAGGAGUUCACCGUUGAGGUUGACGUGCGGGGUGGAUGCAGGUGAAUAUGUGUUUUCGAAUUCUAGGGUUUACUUGAACCGAGCUAAUGCGAUGGAUGAGAUGAGAGAUAGUCCAGGGGAUACUGGAACUGAUGAUGAGGAGGGUGGCGAUGAUGAUGAUGGUAAUGAGUCCGAUGGGCUUCCGCCAACAAUGAGUGAGAAGAAGAGGAGAGGAGGGUCGGGGUCAUUUCCGUCUUCGGCGUUUAAGAUGUUGGCGGAUUCGAUACAGAAGUUCAGUGAGGUUUAUGAGAAGAUUGAGAGCAAUAAGAGGCAGCAGAUGGUGGAGUUAGAGAGGAUGAGGAAGGAGUUUCAUAGGGAUUUGGAGGUGCAGAAGAGGCAGAUACUGGAGAGGGCGCAGGUGGAGAUUGAAAGGAUUAGACAGGAGGAAGGAGAAGAGGAGGAGGAGGAGGAGGAAGAAGAAGAAAGGAUGGUUGGAGCGGGUGAUGGUGAUGAGGACGAAGAGAUGAAUGGUUCUGCUGAGAACUUGAGCAGCUAAGAUUCAUCUUCAUCCAUCUUCUUCGCAUCUACGCUCACGAUUCAAUCAUAGAAUCAUGGGCAUUUAUCAUCCACUCCAGCGAUCGGGAGUAGAUUACUGAAACAUUUGUAUUCAAGCAGGAGCAUGUAUUGGAUCUGCAUGUGAAAUUGGAAUUGACAAUUGGCUGGUAAAUAGUGUAAUUGAAUGCCGUUGCCAGGGCUUCAAGCAGACAAAAUUGCGGAUAAAGGUGUAACAAUUAAGUACGUAUGUAAUUGGAGAAGUCAUUUAUGAUAGUGCUAGUUUCUGAAUAAUACAAUUAUAUGAUGAUUUUUAUGAAUUUGACAUGACUUAGUUGCUGUU